AUGGAGAGGCCCGCGGAGGGCGUGCUGCGAGCCGGCAAGCUGAUGGCCCAGCUGGCGCUCGACGGGGAAGGGCUCGGCCGGCGGCGGCGCGGGGAGGCGUCGGGGGAGGCGGAGGCGCGGGGCAGGCGGCAGCUGAACGGCGGCUCCCCGGGCCCUCCGCCCUACCCGCCGCUGCCGUCGGGGGAGGCGGCCCCGGCGGCGCUCCCGCUCCCGCUGCGCCCGCCCGACGGCGGCGAGGACGGCCCGGGCCCCCGCUCCGAGGUGGCGCUGCCCUGCUACAAGCGCUACUCGGCCGAGGGCUGCCCGCGCGCCCCGACGGGCGGCGGCGGCUUCCCCAGCCCGCGCGGCAGCCUGGCGGCGGCGGGGCCCGUCGAGGCGGCGCUCAGCCCGCGCUCCAGCUACGCCAGCACGGCCAGCGACACCAGCAAGCACUCCAGCCCCCGCGCCAGCCUCGCCGGCUCUUCCGACGGCGGCGGCGGCGGGGGCAGCAAGCCCAGCAGCAACCGCACCAGCGGCAUCAGCAUGGGCUACGACCAGCGCCACAUCAGCCCGCGCUCCUCCUCGGCCGCCGCCGCCGCCGCCUUGGCGCCGUCGGGGGGCGGCGGCGCCUCCUCGCUGGCCAGCCCCCGCUCCAGCAUCUCCAGCCACAGCUCCCGCAGCUCCCGCAGCUCCCGCGGCUCGACGGGAGCCUACCCGGAGCUCCAGCUGCCUUCCCCCAGGGCCUCCAUGCUGCCCGAGGAGAGCCUGGCGCGCCUCCUGCCGCCGCCCCCCGAGCCAGCGCCCCCGGACGGCUACCCGCGGCUGCACGCCCAGGCGCCGGCCGCCCUCGGCCCCGAGCCCCCCGCCGCCCCCGCCGCCGCCGCGCCCUACGGCUCCCGGACGGCGGCCGCCAGAUUCCGGGUCCCUUACCAGGUCGCGCCGUCGAGGGAGAGCGGGCCCAGCCCGGCGGAGAGGCGGCUGGAGGCGCUCACCUUGGAGCUGGAGAAGGAGCUGGAGAUGCACAUCAAAAAGGAGUACUUCGGCAUUUGUAUCAAGUGUGGAAAGGGGGUCUAUGGGGCCAGCCAAGCUUGCCAAGCAAUGGGGAACCUUUAUCACACCAACUGCUUUACAUGCUGCUCUUGCGGGAGAAGAUUACGAGGGAAAGCCUUCUACAAUGUCAAUGGAAAAGUCUACUGUGAAGAAGACUUCCUAUAUUCAGGUUUUCAGCAAACAGCAGACAAGUGCUUCAUUUGUGGACACCUCAUAAUGGAAAUGAUCCUGCAGGCUCUCGGGAAGUCGUACCAUCCGGGCUGUUUCCGCUGUGUGAUGUGCAACGAAUGUCUGGACGGCGUUCCUUUUACUGUAGAUGUGGAGAAUAAUAUUUACUGUGUCAAAGACUAUCACACGGUUUUUGCGCCGAAGUGUGCUUCCUGUAACCAGCCAAUAUUACCAGCACAGGGUUCCGAGGAGACCAUCCGGGUGGUGUCGAUGGACAGAGAUUACCACGUGGAAUGUUAUCACUGCGAGGUCUGUGGGCUCCAGCUCAACGACGAGGAAGGCCGCCGAUGCUAUCCUUUGGAGGGACACCUGCUCUGCCACACCUGUCACAUCAGGCGCCUCGGCCUGAAAGUGCCGCCUCCUCCUCCUCCUCCGGGGUACCCGAUGCACAUGACAGAACUCUGA